UGGCCACACUUAUGCCCACGUGCGUUUUGUUUAGCUAUUGCCGGGCUCUGUAUUUAAUCGCUUUUCAUUGAAUUUAUUUUAAUUUUCGUGCAUUCAGCAGACUAGAGGACAAGUAGACAUGGUGUUCUUUACAUGCAACAUUUGCGGCGAGUCGGUUAAGAAGCCGGCGGUGGAGAAACACUACCAGACUCGCUGCCGAGGAAAAGACAAGAGCGUAUCCUGCAUGGAUUGCCUUAAGGACUUCUACGGCGAGGAGUAUGCAGACCACACAAAGUGCAUCUCGGAGGCCCAGAAGUACGCCAGCCAGAGCCAGGGGUUUGUGGCCAAGGAGCCGCGCAACAAGAACGCCCAGAAGCAGGACAGCUGGAUGGACUCCAUUCGUGCGAUCCUGGACAGCAGCGAGUACCAGCUGACUCCCGCCCUGCGCGCCGCCUUCCAGAAGCUCCAGAGCGUGGACAAUGUGCCGCGCAAGAAGGCCAAGUUUGAGAACUUUGUUGGCAACUGCAUGCGACUCCCACGACACCAGGCCACCGAGGUGUGGGACAUCCUCGAGAAGGAGCUCAACAAACUGAAGGUGGCCAAGCAAGCUGAACUGGCCAGAAUUAAGGCUGAAAGGGAGGCAGCGGUGAAGCAGAAGAAAGAGUCUGAGGAGGCGCCGCCCACGAAGAAAGCCAAAGUGGAAGAAGCUCCCGAAGAAGCCACCAAUGGCACUGCCAGCAGCGAUUUUGAUUGGCUUUCACAGCUCACCAAGAUUGUGUCAAAGCAGUCCGAGGGCAUAUUUGUGGAGAAGCUGCGGAAGAAGAUUCUCAAAAAGUAUACCAAGCACCUGGCUGUGGAGGAGCUGAGCGAAAAGCAAGCUAAGAAAUUCACCAAGCGCUUCGACAAGCAGCUAAAUCAAGCUGAAUCCCUGGUAGUGGAGGGCGAUCUGGUCAAGGCAUCCAGCUAGCAAAGUAUCUCCCUUAGACGUAGUUAAGUUAUAGCAAAGUACAAUAAAAAUGUAAGCUGCAA